UGGCCACUUGCUGGACAAGUCCCAUCAGGCACGAGAUAUUGAGAAGUCACCGGAUCCAGGCCAGCCCAGCCCAAAUCCACUUCUCGGCGCCCUAAAUGGACCAUGUGCUUCCCGGCGACGGGCGAGACGCCGGCGGCUCCGCCGCUGCACCGUCUUCGGACGAACGCGACAUGAUAACAACAUCCCUCCAUUACUUCGGCGACCCUAUUGAAAGCGCCGAUGCCUUCUCCAUCACCAUCAUCGAGAGUAUGAAAGAAGACUAUGGGCUGUUCGUGUGGCCCUGUAGUGUUGUUCUGGCUGAGUAUGUUUGGCAACAACGGUCGCGCUUUUCCGGUAUUUCCGUGCUUGAGCUUGGAGCUGGAACUUCUUUGCCUGGGUUGGUUGCAGCAAAAGUUGGUUCUGAUGUCACACUGACUGAUGCCUCAGAUAGACCAGAGGUACUGGCUAAUAUGCGCAGAGUGUCUGAUUCGAACAAUCUCAAUUGUAAGGUACUGGGACUUACAUGGGGUGUGUGGGAUGAGGCCAUCUUUAAUGUGCAUCCAAAAAUUGUCCUUGGGGCUGAUGUAUUAUAUGAUACUAGUGCCUUUGAUGACUUGUUUGCCACUGUGACUUUUCUACUCCAAAAUUCUCCAGAAUCAGUUUUCAUAACAACCUAUCACAACAGAAGUGGCCAUCAUCUCAUUGAGUUCCUAAUGGCAAAAUGGGGAUUGAAGUGUGUAAGACUUAUUGAUGGUUUUUCCUUUAUGCCAUCCUGCAAGGAAUCUGGACUAAGUGGCAAUAUUCAAUUGGCAGAAAUAGUUUUAGAUGAUAAACAGCGCAAGGUAACAAAUGCCAAAGACUAGCACUAAGAUGUUGAAUGAUAGAUGGCCUCUUUAACUCCAUGGUCAUGCAAUCAAUCAGUUUAUUUCACAUUAGAGUGCUACUUUUGUGGACUGCUGCCCACUUUGCUGAGGCUUCCUUUUUCUUAGAAGUCUAUAUAUGCCUGUCAAAUGUCAGAACAUCCAUUCUUUUUUAGGCUUAAUCAUUUCCUUUCUGACAUAAUGAAGGAUUUACUUUAAAUUA